CGUCCGAAAUGGUUUAGCCAAAUCAAAAUACUCUUCGUCGUCCUAAUUCUCUCAGUCUUCGUCUCCCACCUCUCUCUCUCGCUCUCUCUCUAUUUCUCUCUCUAAAUUUUCAGAGAAACCUCUCUGAAAACCCUAAGAUGGCACUGCCGGCGGAACCGCACUCCGGCCACAACUCGACUAAUCAUCCGGAUCGUACCGAUUUCAAAUUCAAUUCCGAUAUGGAGUCACUCGGGAUCCCUCCUCUCGACCCUGAAUUUUUCUCAUCGGACAACGGGAUGGCUGCCGGCGCUGUGCCCUCCGACGACCCAUUCAUGUCCGAUCUCGGCUUUGGGUUCGGUGAUGAUGGAAAUUGCGAGUUCGAGCUUACCUUCGACGACUUGGACGACCUCUACCUCCCGUCGGAGGCCGAGGACUUCCUCGUCCCCGACGGCUUAGAUCCCAGCGCGGCUGCGUUGAAUUCGGGGUCUCCUGAAUCGGGUAGCUCCGCGAUUUCGGUUUCCGGCGAUGAUAAGGGGGCUUUGGACAUUUCCAGGUUUCUGAAUUGUCCGGCCUCGUCAAAUGAGUGUUCGGAGAAUUCCGAUGGGCCUGCGUCGUCUCAGGGCUCUGGGAUUUCCGAGGCGGUGGACUCGAAUUCACAUUCGGGCAAUUCGGAUGAUGAGAAGGUUAAGGUGGAGGACGAAUUGGCAAAAAAUUACCUUGUGAAAAGGAAGAAAGAGAGCGACGAAGGCAACGCGGAGUCGCGAAGUGCCAAGUAUCGGAGGUCGGAGAACAACAACAACAACAAUGCCGCUUCUGUGAAUGUGAGUGCGAGUGCGAAUGACGAGGACGACAAGAGGAAGGCGAGAUUGAUACGGAACAGAGAAAGUGCUCAGCUUUCUAGGCAGAGGAAAAAGCAUUAUGUGGAGGAGCUUGAGGACAAGGUGAGGGCUAUGCAUUCAACUAUUGCUGAUUUGAACAAUAGGAUUUCUUAUGUUAUUGCCGAGAAUGCUACUUUGAAGCAGCAAUUGAGCAGUCCGCCACCGCCAUCACAUUUAGGGAUGCACCUGCAUCCUCCCAUGCCACCGAUGCCUUAUCCAUGGAUGCCAUAUUCGCCCUAUGUUGUGAACCCACAAGGGUCCCAGUCCCUUUUGGUACCCAUUCCUAGAUUGAAAUCCCAGCAGCCAGCAGCUGCGCCCAAGUCCAGAAAGUCGGACAGUAAGAAGAGUGAGGGUAGAACUAAGAAGGUUGCUAGCGUUAGUUUUCUGGGUCUAUUGUUUUUUAUCUUGCUUUUUGGUGGGCUUGUUCCUAUGGUGAAUGUUAACUUUAGUGAUGUAAUGGACAGAGGUUUUGGUGGGUCUUCUUAUGCUAGUGAUAGGUUUAAUGGUCAAUACAGAGGGAGGCUUUUGAAUGUUCAUGGUCAUUUGAACGGAUCUGAAGAAAUUAUAGGUUCAGGAACAUCCGGUGGGAAAUUCGAUGUCUCAAACAAAGUUCGUCAUGAGAAGGGUCAUCAUACAAGGAAUGGGCCGAAAGAACAAGGGUCACGAGCUACACCGGGUUCUGAUGAAUUUGCUCGUCUGCAAAAUACUAGUAGUGAGCCACUUGUUGCUUCUUUGUAUGUUCCAAGAAAUGAUAAGCUUGUCAAGAUUGAUGGAAACUUGAUUAUACAUUCGGUCCUGGCCAGUGAGAAAGCUAUGGCUUCCCAUGAGCCUUUUGAAAGGCAGAAUAGUAGAGAGACUGGUUUGGCUGUGGCUAAAGAUUUGGUUUCAGCAUUAGCUAUUCCUAAACCGGGAGGGAACAGAGGGAUUCAUGCUUCCUUAUACAGAAGUUCUGCUGGACCACACAAGGCUCUUACAAGUGGUUCAACUGAUGUUCCAAAGGAUCAUAUGAAGUCAACUUCAGCUGAUGGUAAACUGCAACAGUGGUUCCGUGAAGGUCUUGCAGGACCAAUGUUGAGCUCUGGAAUGUGCACUGAAGUGUUCCAGUUCGAUGUCUCAGCUGCUACCUCUCCAGGAGGUAUAAUACCUGCAUCUGCAGUUUCCAAUGCUUCUGAACACCGUCAGAAUACUACAGAGCUGAACAGGGGAAGGAAUAGAAGGAUCCUCCGUGGUCUCCCAAUUCCCCUUCCUGGAUCCGGUCAUAACGUAACUGAAGAAAAUGUGACGGGAAAUCAACAGAACAACUCCCUGCCUGGUAAUAGAUCGGUUUCUCCCAUGGUGGUCUCUGUUCUCGUUGAUCCUCGAGAGGCUGGUGAUAUCGACGUCGAUGGCAUGAUCAAGCCGAAGUCACUUUCUCGAAUUUUCGUUGUAGUGCUUUUAGACAGCGUGAAAUAUGUCACAUACUCAUGCGUGCUCCCUCGAUCUGGUCCUCACCUGGUGACUACUUGAACAUGGAGAAGCGGCUUUGGAGUUUUGAAUGACGAUGACAAACUAUAUCUACUAAUUCUAGAAGCUCCCUCCCGGUUUUGUAUGUUGUAAACCGAAGAAGAAUUGAUUGCCCGCAUAACAGAGGGCUGUAACUUACUGAGGAAGGUUAGGUUGUAUGCCUUUCCGGUGUAAGAAAACAUGUUUAAGAAAAUAAUUAUAAUUAGUAGUGUGUGCGUGCGUAUCGGGUACUGUUUUUUGAUAUCGUUAAUGAUGAAGUAUUUUCGUAGUUUU